AUGGUGUUCAUCCCAGUCGUCGUGGCGCCGGGCCACCCCCGCUACCCGCGGGAAUGGCGGCAGAGGUUGGCCGGGGUUGCGUACGGCGUUCUGUACUGCUACGGUAUAGAAUGCGAGGUGCGAUUCGCACUCCUGGUCCAGGUUAACGAGCGGGACAGUGCCAAGCUGAACGAGAUGACUGAGGGUGACAGCAACGGGAAGGAUGGUCAGCCAAACCGCCGAGGGUUCGAUGAUACUUCUGAUGUCGACGGCGGCACCAAUACCCUGCCGUUUGUGGAGGUUGCACACAAGAGAGUGGGCAGCAUGAGCUUCCCCUACUCUAUAGCCUCUCGGGCACCCGCCGAAAUAUAUCUAUUCGCCACGUCUCUGCCCCAUGUCCUGUUCUUGCAAUACUACUACAGCUUCCAGGGGGAAGAGAGUAAGAUCAUCAUCAUGAGCCUGGUCCGGUCCAACCGCAACGCUGACAUCGGCUUCUUGCGAUCCUCCAACAGGGUCAACGUUGCGUUGUCUCGAGCGCAGCAUGGCAUGUACAUCAUCGGGAAUGCAGGCAUGCUCGAGUCGAAACGCGGGACCAUGUGGUCGGAGUCGGUCAUUCCUACCCUACGAGAGAAGGGCGCCAUCGGCACCACGCUAGAGCUGCAGUGUGCCCGUCACAAGGACUCCAUCACGGUCAUCCACAAGUAUGAAGAGUUCGCUUCCCUCGCCGGGGAUGGAGGCUGCAGCCGCGCGUGCUCCUCUCGUUUGCCGUGCGGGCACGCAUGCUUGAGAAGGUGA